AUGGUCAAAUCCGAACCAAAAAUGUGGAAAACCCAACUUCUAAUCGCUAUUCUUUAUAUCCCUUCGGUUUUUCAAAUAAGUAAUAUUUUUACUCAAGAUGUUCCAGAGAGUGUGGCAAAAAGUAUGAUUCUAGAAUAUUUUCCGAGUUAUGAUUUGAGUGAACUUACUGUAACUGCUUGUAAAUCAGUGUGGGAUUUCACAGUGUUAUUUUGUACAGUUCAUAUAGUUGGUGCUAGUAUUCCAAUCGCUUUUGGUAUUGUAAUGCUGAGAAAUCGGAUUAUAGCAAAGCUUAAUGAUUCAGGGCAUGCAACAUCAGAACAUUCUAAACGUCUACAGCUCCAGCUUCUAAGAGUUAGUUCAUAAACUGAAUUAUAAUAGAUCAAAUAACACUUUUCAGGCUCUAACAUUCCAAGCGUGUAUCCCAGUAUUCUACCUCUGGGGUGGUUUAUGCUUUAUGAUUCAACAAUGGAACUUUAUCAAUAACGCUCUACCGCAAUACGUAAUGUUCUGCUGCUUCAUCCUUGUUCCAAUUCUCAAUCCAAUGUCUUCUUUCAUUUUUAUCACACCCUACCGCAAUUUCUUCAUGUCAAGACUGAAGAAAACAUCAACAGUUACAUCAACAAAGGCUUCAACGAUUCUGACUAGUGAAACUAAUUGA